AUGGCAGCAAAUAAAUCUUCAUCACCUCAUUAUUAUCAAAUUUCUUCUGCAAUAAAUUCUACUAAAUUAGUUAGUAAAAGCUCUGAAUCUUUAACAAAUAUUGAAUAUCAUUCAACAAAACAAAUACAUAAAUCAAGCAAAAUGAAAAAAUCUCAAACAGUUUUAAAUGGUUUUGAAGCAAAAAUUGUUCCAUCGCCACCCAGUAUACUUAAUUCAACAUCAGUAUUACGUCGUCGUUUUAGCCUUUUUCGUAUGAAACGUCCACAACAACUACAACAAACAUCAAUAAAUGAUGUAUCAUCAAAUGAAAAUUCAAAUGUUCAAUCUCUUCAACAAAUAAUUGAUCAAUUGAGACAUGAUUUACAAAUAAAAACUGAUGAACUUGAAACAAUGCGACAACAUAUUGAAAAUAAACGAAGUAGUGUAGCUGUUCCAUCGAAUGAAUCAAUUGAACAGGCUAUGCAAUUACAAACAAUGUUAAAUGUUCGUCUCGAAGAAAUGCUCAUUGAAAAUGAUCUAUUAAAAAAAAGUAUUCAAGAACUGGAAAUUUUUGCUCAACAACAAAAAUGUAAGUAA